AUGAGGCUGCAAAGAAAAAUGGACCCUGGAAAUCACUCCUCAGUGACUGAGUUCAUCCUCGCUGGGCUCACAGAGAAACCAGAGCUCCAGAUUCCCCUUCUGGUCUUCUUCCUAGGAAUCUACUCAGUCACGGUGCUGGGGAACCUGGGCAUGAUCACACUGAUAGGGCUCAGUUCUCACCUGCACACCCCCAUGUACUAUUUCCUCACCAAUUUGUCCUUUAUUGACUUCUGUCAUUCCACUGUCGUUACCCCCAAAAUGCUGGUGAACUUUGUGACAGAGAAGAAUAUCAUCUCCUACCCUGAAUGUAUGACUCAGCUCUAUUUCUUUAUUGUUUUUAUUAUAGCAGAAUGUUAUAUGUUGGCUGUAAUGGCAUAUGACCGCUAUGUUGCCAUCUGUAACCCUUUGCUUUACAAUGUCAUCAUGUCUUAUUAUAGGUGCUUCCAGCUCACAGUGACAGUUUAUAUUUUGUGCAUCAUUGAAUCUGCAAUCCAUACAGGCUUUAUGUUGAGACUCUAUUUCUGCAAGGCAAAGGUGGUUAACCAUUAUUUUUGUGAUCUCUUCCCACUCUUGGAGCUAUCCUGUUCUAGCAUCUCCAUGAAUGAAUUAUUGGCUCUAGUCUUUAGUGCUUUUAAUGUCCUGAUUCCUGUUUUAACCAUCCUUGCUUCCUACAUCUUCAUCCUCGCUAGCAUCCUCCAAAUCCACUCCACUGAAGGCAGGUCCAAAGCCUUCAGCACCUGCAGCUCCCAUAUCUCAGCUGUUGCUGUUUUCUAUGGAUCUGUAGCAUUUAUGUACCUGAAGCCAUCAUCAGUCAGCUCCAUAGAACAAGGGAAAGUGUCCUCUGUGUUUUAUACCUGCAUUGUACCCAUGCUAAACCCUCUGAUCUACAGUCUGCGGAAUAAGGAUGUCAAAUUUGCCCUGAAGAAAAUUCUAGACAGUGGAAAAUGUAGAUGA